UUAAAGGGCUCAGCCAACAAAGCUGCAUUUGCAUCCACACAAGGUUAUGGCACGGAGCUGGAGGAGCUACAUUCAGCUCUCCUAAUGACACCGACGGUGGAAAAAUAACCUCAGGAAAUGGAUUUAAUGAAUAUAUGUCGGCAGCCUGAUCGUCUUAAAGAGUCGAAUGGCCUCAAGGAUAAAGACCCAGACUGGCAAAAUGGUUCAGAAACAGAGGAAGAACCUUUGCUUCGAGAAAACCCCAGGCGGUUUGUCGUCUUUCCCAUCCAGUACCCCGACAUCUGGAAGAUGUACAAGCAGGCACAAGCCUCUUUCUGGACCGUAGAGGAGGUUGAUCUAUCCAAAGAUUUGGCACACUGGGACCGCUUAAAGCCUGAGGAGAAACACUUCAUCUCACAUGUCCUAGCCUUCUUUGCUGCAAGUGACGGCAUCGUCAAUGAGAACCUGGUGCAGAGGUUCUGCCAGGAGGUGCAGGUCCCUGAAGCACGCUCCUUCUACAGCUUCCAGAUCCUCAUAGAGAGUGUUCAUUCAGAGAUGUACAGCAUGCUCAUCAACACCUACAUCAGGGACCUGAAGGAGAGGGACUACUUAUUUAAUGCCAUUCAGACCAUGCCUUGUGUCAAAAGAAAAGCAGACUGGGCCAUCCAGUGGAUAAAUGACAGCAAAUCCACAUUUGGGGAGCGCAUUGUGGCUUUUGCAGCAGUGGAGGGCAUCUUCUUCUCUGGCUCGUUCGCAGCCAUCUAUUGGCUCAAGAAGAGAGGACUAAUGCCUGGCCUCACGUACUCCAAUGAGCUGAUUAGCAGGGAUGAGGGCCUGCACUGUACCUUCGCCUGCCUGCUGUACAGCUACCUGGUGAAGAAACCAUCAGAGGACCGGGUCAAGGACAUCAUCACCAAAGCUGUUAGCAUUGAGCAGGAGUUUUUGACAGAGGCCUUACCAGUGGAUCUCAUUGGAAUCAACAGUUGUCUGAUGAAGCAGUACAUUGAGUUUGUGGCUGACCGGCUUCUCUCUGACCUCGGACUGGCCAAGGUAUACCAAGCUGAAAAUCCCUUUGACUUCAUGGAGUCCAUUUCACUCGAGGGGAAAACCAACUUCUUUGAAAAACGAGUCGCAGAGUACCAGAGAUUCGGGGUUAUGUCAAGUACGAUGGACUAUGAAUUCACUCUGGAUGCAGACUUCUGAAAUUUGGAUGACAUUUCGUACAUUAGACCUAUUUAUUUAUUUUUGUUUAAGCAGUUACUGACAUAAAGCCAUGCUCAAGUCUUGUCACAAUACUAUCAUAGUAUUACAAAGGACAAAUGAAUGGUUUUAGAUUAAAUAAAGCCGCACUGUUUCAGCGGGCAUGUAUAACUUUUGGUAAUAGGGAUUGAGAAUCACACCUGGAGUUAAGCAGCCUCAAGUAGAGUGUAUAACACAUGGAUCGUUCAAGCCCUGCUCAUGUCUACUCUUUACCUCAACAUACUGUAAGGCAGGCAUAUGACCUCAAUUUUGGUGAGUGAGGUGAUGGGAGAGAUUAUUCUGCAUCUCAUUGGACAUUUGAAGAUGGUUAAUAUCUAGAAUAUUUUUUUAUUGAGUCUGCAGAUCUGGCAGCUGGCUUCUAUGGUUGAUUGUUUUAACUUUUUUUGGUCAUUUUUAAUGUACAAUAAAAUGUUUUUUUAAAAUGA